AUGCGCCUCUUCCGACUCGCCCAGACCCUCCCCUCCCUUCCACCCGCGCCGUACCACGUCUCCCGGACCAAGUCGAACCGCCUCCCCGUCUACAUCCGCACCCAGGCCGGUGGCUCCAAGAAAUCGACGCUCAUUCGGCGCGUAGAAGGCGACGGCCUGGCGCUCAAGGCCGAUGUCCAGGAGGCUCUCGGCGUAGAAAAGGCCGAAGUCACGCUCAAUCCCGUCACGGGACAUGUCGUUGUCAAGGGUUCGCAUGUACCCAGGAUAACGGAAUGGCUCAAGACGAGGGGUUUCUAA